UUUUGUAUGUCUUUAAAAAAAUAUAUAUAUAUAUAUAUAUUAGUAUUGAUUCAAUUUCAUUGAGCUGCCUGUUCCAGUUGCAUGCCCGUAUACAAUGCUAUUUAUUUUAAGCUUGGUGCGACCGAGGAGCAAGGGAUGCGUCGUUAAAGGCUAUAAAGGAUGAACUUUAGAUUUCUAAAUGGGAAAUCAAGCUGCGACUAGUGUCACCCAUCCGAGACUGGCAGCUCUUUCCAUGCAGGUCCCAGUCUGUACCUUCACCUAGCGAUCUGGAAUGUAGGGGCUGCUGCUGACGAUCGGUGCAUGCAAACAGGAGCCGGCGUUUUUAAAAUAAAAAAAAAUAUAUAAUUUUUUUUUUGUGGAGAUUUUGGAUAUUCUGCCGUCGAGGAAGCUUUUUGAAGAGGAUGGCUCCUCCUCUGCGUAUCGGGGCUGGCAGAGGCAUUCUUCGCAGCUCCAGGAUCACUAUGUCAGCAGCCCCCUCCGCCUGGCCCCUGCAGAAGGAUCCCGCUGCCCAGUAGGAUGCUGGCUCUCGUCUGGUCUCACCUGCCUGUACACCUCAUCAUCCUCUCAUCCGUCUGUGCCUCCACGCUCCAACAUGAAUGAUGAGGAGAUCCUUAACAACAACGCUGUGGCCUGGCUGGUCUGCUCAGGUAUCUCCAUCCUGGCCAACACCUGGGGGAUACUGAGCGUCAGCGCCAAGCAGAAGAAAUGGAAGCCCCUGGAGUUCCUCAUCUGCACCUUGGCCGGCACGCACAUCCUUAACAUGGUCAUCCCCAUCACCAUGUACUCCGUGAUCCAGCUGCGCCGGCAGCACUCGGACUACCAGUGGAAUGAGGGGCUCUGUAAGGUCUUUGUCUCCACCUUUUACACCCUGACUCUGGUUACCUGCUUUUCCGUCACCUCCCUGUCCUACCACCGCAUGUGGAUGGUCCGAUGGCCGGUCAACUACAGGUAUGGGUUAAGCAACUCGAAGAAACAAGCCGUCCACACGGUCAUGGGGAUCUGGAUGGUGUCCUUCAUUCUCUCCACGCUGCCAGCGGUGGGUUGGCACGACACUACGGAGCGCUUCUACUCGCGGGACUGCCGCUUCAUCGUCACGGAGAUCGGCCUGGGCUUCGGGGUGUGCUUCCUGCUCCUGAUCAGCGGGAGUGUGGUCAUGGGGGUGAUCUGCAUUGGCAUCGCCCUCUUCCAAACGUUUUUCAUCCACGCGGGACACAACGCCGAUAAGAACAAGUUCAACGUGCCCACCAUAGUGGUGGAGGAUGCGCAGGGCAAGCGGAGGUCCUCCAUCGACGGCUCGGAGCCCCUAAAGACUUCUCUCCAAAUCACCUACUUGAUCAGCGGCAUCGUAUUCAUCUACGAUUUUCUAACUGGAUUCCCCAUACUGGUGGUGAGCUUCGCCAGUCUCAAGUAUGACCGUUCGUACAGCUGGAUGGUGCUGUGUGUUCUCUGGUGUUCCAUUGCCCAGUCUAUCCUGCUGCCCAUGUUCCUGUGGGCCUGUGAUCGCUACAGAGCGGACGUGAAGAUGGUCUGGGAGAAGUGCGUGGCCAUUAUGUCCAACGACGAAGUCGAGGAAGAAAACAGCCAGGAUGGAGGAAUUCAUCCGGACUUAAUAUAUGACAGACCGUAUGACUAUAGCUGCACCUCUGAAAUCAUGACGGUAGACCGCAUGGCCAAGUAUGAAUUCUCAACAAUAGAAAGGGGGGUCGUCUCCCAGGCUUUCCCAAUGAGGGAACUGCAGGAAGAUAAAAUGCAGUAUCUGCAGGUCCCCCCUACAAGAAGAUUCUCCCACGACGAGACCGACAGCAUGUGGACGGCAGUGCAGGUCCCAUCCUACCUCCAUCGUUGGGGCUCCACGGAGGACAUGAUCGGGGUCCCGCACUACAGCGCUCCACGGCACGAGAGUCGGAGAGGCAGCCUGGUCUCCUACCACGAGGAGAGCCUGCUGUACCACAAGCGGAGGAAAUCCGAGGAGAGCAUCUCGUCUCUGAAGCAGCUGCCCCGGGAGGAGGAGGAGGAGGAGGGUGCUAACUGCUUCAGCCGGGAUGAAGUGAUCAACUUCAUCGAUGAGACUCCCCUGCCCAGCCCCAAGCACACACCCCGCCGCGCCUCCGCCAUCUCCCUGAUCCCCGACAUCUACGAGCAGCAGAUCAUCCUGUACCCCCACUUCCCCAUCACUGACUUCGAGAGGGAGCCCCAAGUCUUACGGAGACUCUCGGAGCACGGUAAGGGCUGUCCGCUGGCCAGGGGGGCAGCGGAACCCCACCAGCACUCUGGGAACGCUGUUACCUGCGAUGGCAGAGGCGGGCGACAACGCUUCGGGGCUUUUGGGAGUGCCAAGGACAGCCGUGGCUCUCGGGAACCAGGGAGUGGCCUCCAUUCGGAGCUGCCACUGCUCAGCCACGCCCACCGGACAGGCGACCGUUCCUCCAGGAGGUUUAGGACAGGCCUGGAGGGCAGUAACAGCCAGGAAAAACUGACUAAAAUGGAGAGAAAAGGAAGCACAAACAGUUUUUUAAGCUCUCCCUCUGCUUCCUCAGGAUAUGUAACGUUUCACUCCGAUUCCAUUGGGUCAGCAUCUUAAGGAACAAAGGAUUUUUUAUUGGAUUGUGUUGGCUUGUUCCUCAGCCUGUGGAUUGUAGCCUUUUCUGUUUUGCGUCAUGGGAUCAGUUUAUCAAAAUGGAGCUUUUUAGAAAAGCACUAAAGAAGAAACACAUAUGAUUUUGUGAAUGAUAUCGAAUAACACAAGAGGCAGUUUUUGGAAACAGGGUGUAAUGUUUAUGCUCAGCUGUUUAUGUGUUUAUCCCCUCCAGCUCAGAUAGCUGAGGCCUCUAGCCCUAUGGCAUCAUCCAGCGCAUAUUCUUCUACGUUCCUGCUUUUGAAAUCUGUUGGAAGACAGCAAGCAAUAGUGCAGUGGUCUAUGUGAUCUGAGCAAAGCUACUUGCUGUACAUAGAAAGCAAAUUCAGUGCAGCCAAACAGAAAUCGAUUUGAAAAGGUCAAAGCCACAUUCCUCUAGAUUUUUAUCCCUUUCUUAGAGUCUUAAAAUAAUACCCAUGUAAAUAUCUCUCUCUCUUUUUUUUUUAGAAGAUUCUACCCAAGAGUCUUUUGUUCACAAUAAUGUCGCAGUAUUUGUCAGAUUAACCUAUUGGUUCACUGCUGUGAGAGAUCUUGAGAAGAGUCCCAUUGCCUAAGUGAAGCACAGCACCACAGCUAAAUCCCUUUAGUUUUAAUACAGCUAAGCAUUGCAUCAGUUACCCCCGGUGAGAGAGAGUAGCAACCCAUGUCACAUUGUGUUUGAUGACUUGGCUUGCCACUGAUGAAGGGACGUUACAUUUGGACGGGAACAGAGAUGCAAAAGCUGUGCUCGUUUCAUAAUAAAGAUCCCUGCUCAAUGCACAGUUCCAGAUUGAAAAGCCACAGUCUUUGGUAGUUCAAAUGAAAGGUGUUCUGAAAUAGCUUGCAGCUUUACCUACUGCUGGCUGCCCUGAAAAGGGACUCCUUGGUGUUUUACUUGCAGCUGACUUUGGGAUGGUUUUCACUCCUCUUCUGAUCAUGAUGGGUUUGAAGUUGUCAUUGUGUUUCCGGGUGUCUGGUUGAGGUUACUUUCUGUAGUUUGCUUCCUGGUGUAGCGGUGCAGUGUGGGGUGAUGCACCACAGUUAGGGAUUCAGUCUGUGGGAUGAGGUUCGAAGAUUCAAGUCUCUUUUGCAUAGUGGUUAAGGAGCCUCCACCCUGUUAGCACAAGGUCCUGUCUUGUAUGGACUAGUUCUAUGUCCACAGAGUACCAGCACAGGACAUGGGGAGUGUGACUUCAAACCUCCUGAGAGAAGAGUGAACACAGUACCAAAGCGGGUCCCUAAUCAUGCAAAAACAUAGUUGCUAUUAUAUGAGAAGCUAAUUGAACUUAAUAAACCAGCUAGAGACUUUGAAAUAUUUCAAACAAUUUCUACAUGCAAAUCUCCUUGUUGUGCGGCACUGACUCCAUUCCACAGUUUGCAUUCACCUUACUACAAUAAUGGAGGUGGCAUCACCCCAGCGAAUCCAGGUCAAGCUAAUUACUUGAUUCAGGUUGGCAUUUAGGCUCAAGUAAUUAGCACUCAUGGGGUUACACUGCAUCAUGUAAAUGAACCAUCUCUCACAUACGGCUUCAUAUAAAGAACUGAUUACCAGUCUUUGCAAGGGUCACAGGUGGAAACAGUAAGUAGCUCUGCUGUGAUUAUAAGGCUCUGACUUUUGCUGCAGAAAGUGAAUUAAACUAGGUAGUAAAAGAGGGAGGCCAUGUUAGCUGGGAUAAAACGUUUUUAAAAAUGAUUUCAUGUAAUAGAUGAUGAAUAGUGGAGCAGUAUUGGUUUGGAUUAAAAUGUCAUUGGUUGAUUCCAGUAUGGCUCUACAUUUCACUUGAGCCAUUAACUCUUUUUUGUCCCUCAGUAGUGUCCUGACACCUUACUCCACAUGGCCAUUGUUAGGACAGCCAAACCCACAAUAUCCAUCUUGUUAUAAAAUGCUGAUUUUCUGAUAGAUCUGCUUCUGUGGGUCAUUCUGUUUCAGGACCGACAGACAGGACAGCUCGUCUAUUUAGAAAAUCUGCAUGUUUUACGACCUGGAAGCUGAUCAAGCGGGGAAUUUCUGCAAGGUGAUUACCCAGGGAAUUCCUGGAAUUAAUCAUUGGAUCAUUGGAAUCUUCCUGCUCUUAUGUAACACCAACCCUAAAAGAAAUUUGUUUCCAAAGUUGACCCCCACGUCUAGAGCCAGCAUUGGAAUGCUGCUGCUCCUCAGUCUAUUGCCCAUGGCAAACCAUCUUUAUACUGCAUAUUGCGUUUGCUGUUCCUUAACCCAACUCCCUGUGUUUAUGGGCAUGUUUUCAAUUGAGAAUUGGGUUACAGUGAAACUGCUUUUAAUUGUUGCGACUCAUAAGCUCAAUAUUUUGAAGACAUAUAUUUUUUUAACUUGCUGCAAACGUUUUCUUUUUUUCUUUUCUUACUUUUUUUUUUAAUUGUAAAGGAAACACUGAAGUGUUUCUGUGAUGUUCUGGUUGUGCUUCGGUUGCUUAAUAUUUCCUGUGGGAAUUUUCUGUUUGUAAACGUGAUAGAAAUGAUAUGAAGGUUUGAAAUUAAACACACGCAAAAAGAAAAAGACUAUUUUGAGUAACAUACAGACUGUUUUUUCUAUUAUUAUUUUAAAUUGAAGACUAGCAAAGGUGCAAUGAUUUUUUUUUGUUUAACUGUAUAGGCCCUGUUGUGUUUUACAUCAAAAUGAUGAAAUGGCAGUACUUUUAGAGUGAGUGUGUUUUGGUGCCAAAAGAACGUUUAUUUAUUAAUUUUUUUACAGUAUUACGCCAACAAAACUUUAAAAUAGCCCAUUCUUGAACGGUACAUAGUCGACUUUCUGUUUAAUGCACAAUAAUGUUUGCUGUUUUUGUUGGUCACAGUUUUGUUUCAAUGAUAAUUUUGUUGCAAAAGAAAAAAAAAAUGUUUUGAAGAAAAGCAAAAGAGCCCCUGUUUCAAUUGUUCUGUGUGUAUUUUACGUUCGUAGCAUCUUGAUGUCAAUCUCUUCUUGGUGGUGUUUCUAUUCCUAGCGGUGAUGGGCAUCUCUUGGUCCAUUUGCGUUUGUCUUAAAUUGAUAAUAUUUAAAGGGUUUUUCUCACAACUUUAUUGGUGGUUUACAUUUUUUUAAGAACCUUUAAG